AUGAGGAGAAGCCAGGAGAACCCUUCGCUUAUGUCCCGAUUACAGGGCCAGAUAUUGAUCAUCCCAGAGCUGCUAGCACGAGUCUACGCGGACUGGGAUGCUGACAGACAUUCUCAUGAAUUGGAUGUUCGAGCCAACAUAGAAGAAUAUUUCCUAAACCGCUGGUGCCCGGAUCGCAAGAAACGCCAACAACUGAUCAAAAGCAAUUCGGCCAUGUUGGCCGGAUACUUCUGGUCCGGCAGUGCUGUUGAAAGAUUCCUUCCUCUGGCCAAGUUCAUGUAUUGGAUGGCUACAAUAGUUCUUUCUCUGGGACGAUGGUACACAACGGCCACAGCCUUGCUAGCCCUUCUAAACCACGCACUGAUACCUUACUUAGAGAUUGAUUGCGGUCGACUUGCAAACGAUGCCAAAGGUACACAAGCUUACCGCGAAAGCACCCUCGCGUUUCUGAAACGCACAUUAGAGCCGGAGAUGCUCGAAUCUGGUUCGAGCUAUGAUGCGGCGGACCAUAAUAGCGGGUGUUUUGACGAAAUAUCCCCCGUCCUGCGAUCUGGGACCACAGUUGAAUCACUUCGCCGGUUCGCAGAUUCCCUCUAUGAAUGUUUUUGGCAGAGGGGGUUUCUCAUCGAAACCAGAUUUGCAUACGACGUUCGGGUCCCGAAUUGGAUCUACGAGGAUUCGCAUAUGCGAAGCAUGUUUCGCGAAACGGCCAUCUCCUGCAUCAUACUGCGUCAGAUGGCGGGUCAACUCGACAGUCUCAUCCCACUGAAGAUGCUGCGCGAUCCUUCUCUGAGUGCGCAAGACGCUAUGAACGAGGCAUGCGCAGAUUUGAUCCAAUCGAAAAGAGUCUUUCAGGAAGCCGAGUCGUCACUGUCGGAUAGUGACGAGUUCAGACAGCUGAGCGCAGCUACCAAGGCCGACGUUCGCAUGCUCCUCACGGGAUGCAAGAAUAUGAUGGUGGGCAACGUUAAGUGGUCGAUUCCCAAGAUCGCGUUAUUCGGCUCCACCUAUGAUACCGUCCCCGCACCCAUUAUGUCAAGGAGAGGCAUCCAGGAAGCCUUGGUUCUCUAUCUAUUUUACGUUAUCGAUUGGUAA